AUGGCGGCCCAGCGAGGCGUAGCCCCACCGAGCCUCCAGUUCCGGGUUGCCCUCGAAGAGCAGCGGGGAAUAAAAAUGGAGGCACUGGACCCGGCCGAUGCUCGUGAAAUCCAGGUGGUGUGUGUUGGUGAACCGCUGGGAUGGGCAGGCCCGACACACGUCAAGCAGGAACCAGAGGAGGUGGGUUGCGAUGCCCAAGAGAAGCAGGAGCCAUUAAAAGCUGCCCAGUCGCCUCAUUCAAGAUGGCGGAAACUUCCGCUGACGGGGCCCACACCUUGGGACGAGAGCAAGGCUUUCCCAGCCUCCUUUGAGGGAGUGGCCAAUGCCUGCAAAUGGCUAACGGCAGGGUGGGAGACACGGCAGACACCUGUCGUCGCAGGGGAAAGCCAACGGGCCUCCGAUGAGUCGGGCAUUGCCAGGGCGAGGAGGGACUGCAGAGAAGGGAAGGAGGCUGCUGUUCUGAGGAAAGCGGUCAGGACAGAGUCCCAGCGCCGGCGGUUCCGCUGUUUCUGCUACCCGGAGGCCGGGGGCUUGCGUGAAGUCUACGGCCACCUCCGAGAACUCUGCCAACGGUGGCUGAAGCCAGAGAGGCACAGCAAGGAGCAGAUCCUGGAGCUGGUCAUCCUGGAACAGUUCCUGACCCUGCUACCCCCGGAGACGCAGAGCUGGGUCCGGGAACGGGACCCGGAGACCUGCGGCCAUGUCAUCGCGCUGGUGGAGGAUUUCUUGACGAGGCAGCAGGAGGACGAGCAGUGGGAGCAGGAGGACCCGGGGCCCUUUGUGGAGGUGACGGUGGAUUCCCCCGAGGGAGAGCAGGUUCAGUCGGACGCCUGGCAGAGGCCAAUCCUCAAGGAGAUCACGCAGGAGUGGAGCAGAGACGCUGGAUCAUUGGGCAGUGCUACUGCGUCUGAGAACGAGGAAGAGGGUGGGCAGCGGGAAACUUUGGAGCCGGUGGAUUCCUGCAGGCCGUUCGCGGGGGAACCCCAAGGGUGCCUCCUGCCCAGAUGCGAAAGCUUUGAGGAAGGCUGUAGAUCGAAAAGGCCGCAGGAACAGCCACCGGGGACGCCGUGGGCCAGACCCACGGAAGCCUCCGGGCCCGUUACGCAAGCGGCGCUCCACGGGAGGGCGAUCAAACACCUGUGCCCGGAAUGCGGGCGCAACUUCCAGCACAAAUCGACUUUGAUCCGGCACCAGAAGAUGCACACGGGCGAGAAGCCCCACGCGUGCCUGGAAUGCGGCAAGACUUUCCGCCGGAGGGACAAGCUGAUCCGGCACCAGCGGAUCCACACGGGGCAGAAGCCCCACGCGUGCCCCGAGUGCGGGAAGAGCUUCCGCGAGAGAGGCAAGCUGAUCAACCACCAGCGGAUCCAUACGGGCGAGAAGCCCUACACUUGCCCCGCGUGCGAGAAGGCCUACCGGUGGAAAGAGGAGUUCGUGAAGCACCUGAGGAUCCACACGGGCGAGCGGCCUUACGCCUGCCUCCAGUGCGGCAAAACCUUCAUCACCAAAGCCCACCUGGUCUCCCACCAGCGGAUCCAUACCGGGGAGAAGCCCUACGAAUGCCCGGAGUGCCGGAGGCGGUUCUGCAGCAAGCAGAGCCUGACCAAGCACCAGCGCGUCCACGCCGGCGAGCGAUCCUACGAGUGCCAGGACUGCGGGAGGAUCUUCCACUACAUCUCAAACUUCACCAAACACCAGAGAAUCCACAGGAGCGACGGCAUCCUCCCACCGGUGGCAAAGUUCCCGGAGCUGCCGGCAAACUUCUCGGGGUCCUUCAGCUGCCUGGACCUGCCUCACGCUCCCUGUCUCAGCAACAAGAGGAGUACUCCGGGACAGUGCCCCUAUUUCGGGGACAAACAGGGCUGGCUCUUCGGUCUUCGUCCUCCGCUGCACACUCGGGUCGAGGGCAGCCUGGGAAUGAUAAGCCAGGCCUGCCCCUGCCCUCUCUGCGGCAGCCAUUUUGUGCAGCUGUUCGGCAGCCAUGUUGUCUCCUCCGAGGAUACCCCACAGGCCCACACAAAAGCGAGGAACAACCGCCAACAGAACCGGGAUCAUCUUUUCCUGAAAAAGAAAAUGGCUGACAAGCCAAGCGAUGCGUUGCUUCUGGGUCUCCAGAGGGAAGCUGGGGUUCAACAGGGGGUGAAAAUUGAACAUCCGGACCUUACAGCCUUUGAACCAGGGGCAGGAAAAGGCUCUCACGUCACACAGGCCGGGGGUAUCGGGGAAUUCUGGGAAAGAAAAGUGUCAGACCCGGUUAAACGGGAGCCCCAGAAGGGACUCCCGCAGCCCUGGGAAGCCCAGCUGCAGGACUUCCUGAAAGCGAUGGAGUCUUCUCACUCCGGAGGGAGAAACCCACCUCAGGUAACGUUGGCGUUAAGGGAUGAGGCUGAAACCCCGCUGGCCCGUUCUGAGGGAGCAGUGGACACCAGGCCGCAUCUGAGAAGAGAGACGCAGCUUCUGCCAGGGCCCAGCAGAGAAGCCCAACAGAUUGCAAACAACCUGUUGGCUAAAGACAAGAAGGAGUGUGGGAAAGUGAAGGAAGAGGUCCUGGAGGAGGACAAAGAAGGUGCCAGCACUGACGUGCCACGCCAACGUUUCCGGCACUUCCUCUACCAGGAGGCCGAGAGCCCCCGAGAGGUUUGCAACCGCCUCUGGGACCUUUGCCACCAGUGGCUGAAGCCGGAGAGGCACACCAAGGAGCAGAUCCUGGAGCUGCUCAUCCUGGAGCAGUUCCUGGCCGUCCUGCCCCCGGAGAUGCAGAACUGGGUCAGGAAAGGCACGCCGGAGACCUGCUCGGAGGCGGUGGCCCUGGCUGAAGGCUUCUUGCUGAGGCAGCAACCUGAGGAGAAACGGGGCGAGCGGGUACCAGGGGUAUUCAAGGAAGGAGCUGUUAAUUUCCCUGAAGCGCCAGGGGCUUCCUCAGGGGCUUGGUUGAUCAAAGAGGAGACGGAUGGAGACAUGCUGGCAGCAGAUGGGAAGCAGCAGAACAAAGCGGAAAACUUCCGGAAACUGGAACCACAUUGGGUAUUGUCAGACAGAGCUGGGCAGAGCGUUUCCAUCUGGCCGAAGCGAGGAGAAGCCUCUGCAAGCCAGGAGGAAGCUUACUCUGAGAAGGAAGGGGACAAAUUUAUUAAUUCCCAGGGCAGGUACGUGGAGCUUGCCGGAAGUGUUGUGCAGCUGGCUCUCCCCCUGGGCGAGAGUCAAAAGCCGGGAAACGAGAGAGAGAAGUCGUGCGUCCAUUGUGGGAAAGACUUCCAGCUGAAGUGCAACCUUCAAGCUCACGAGAGAACCCACACGGGCGAGAAGCCGUAUAAGUGCUCCGUCUGCGGGAAGGGUUUCAGCACCCGAGCCUACUUGAUCACCCACGAGAGGAUCCACACGGGCGAGAAGCCCUACCAGUGCUCGGACUGCGGGAAGAGCUUCUGCGACAACUCUAAUUUGAUCGUGCAUAAGAGGACCCACACGGGGGAGAGGCCCUACAAGUGCACCGACUGUGGCAAGAGCUUCCGGGAGCGGCCGGUCCUCAUCCGACAUCAGAGAAUCCACACAGGGGAGAAGCCGUACAAAUGCAGGGACUGCGGGAAAAGCUUCAGCCAGAGCUCGGGCCUGCUGGUGCACGAGCGGACCCACACACGGGAGAAGCCGUACACCUGCACGGACUGCGGGAAAAGCUUUGGCGGCAAUUCGAACCUGAGGGUCCACAUGAGAAUCCACACGGGGGAGAAACCUUACAGAUGCUCAGACUGCGGGAAAAUUUUCAGCGACAGGUCGCUUCUCAUUAGGCAUCAGAGCACCCACCAGGAGGGGAACUGUUAAAACAACAACAAAUGAAUAUAUUGUCUUAGUAAAAACUGUGAACGAAACCUGACAUUUUGAUAACACACCUGAUCGGUGAAAUCCUAUGCAUGUCUACUCAGAAGUAGGCCUCAUUGAAUUCAGUGGGGGCUUACUCCCAGGUAAAUAUGCCUAAGAUUGCAGCCUCAGACAAGAAACCCAGCCUGAUUACUACGAAUGUCCGAAAAACUUACUUUAAAAAAAGAAAAAGAAAGAAAAAGUCUCUUUCCUGCAAAAUGGGGAAUGUGAACUCCAUGCCCAAAUGGCUAAUGUCCUGCCGCAACACUUAGUAAGCUGGUACGCAUAUCGCUCAAAACUAGGGUGACCAUAUGGAAAGGAGGACAGGGCUCCUGUAUCUUUAACAGUUGUAUAGAAAAGGGAAUU